CAAUGCAUCUUAUCAAGUUCUUAUACAGAUUAAAUUGAAUAUAAAUGAAUAUGAGAAACUGUGUUGUUGCUGUUGUGCUGUUGAUGUCGUGUUGAUCCACAAAUCUCGUUUUCCCUCCGUAAGCAUCUUCACCCACCACGACAUCAACAUCAUCCAUCAACACCUCCUCAACACUAACUGCAUCUUAAAAACAGUCCGUCUUCCUCGCUGCAUCUCUCGUUUUCUUGUUUUUCCCGCUUGGGCCGCAGACAAAUCAUCCUCGCCUCUUUUUCUCUACUCCGCCAUGGAACCCGUCGUCGACGCCGAACAAGCAAGGAAUCUGUCGCUCUUCCGGCCUCUAGGUUAUCAACGCAACUCGUGCGGCUACUGUAAAUCUGAGGAUGGCUGUGCUUCCUACUACACCAGCUCACUUGCUGUACAGCCUAGACAUUAUGAGGAACUUGUCAAUCGCGGUUGGAGAAGAUCCGGGACACUUUAUUACAAACAGAACUUGCAGCGAUCAUGCUGUCCUUAUUACACAUUGAGGCUUGAAGGAUCGGCCUACAAAUCCAGAAAGGAUCAACGAAAAGCAAUCAAUCGCUGGAACAAGUUCGUUCUGGGUCCCGAGUACAUUCGCAAAGCAGCUCGGUUGUGUCCGAAGACGCGGGAAGAGAAGAAGCAUCGAAAAUGCAACUUUGACCUCCUUACCGCGGUCCACGAAACUGAAUAUAGCAACGUCAAGCGUCCUAUUGAUCCAGAAACCAAGAGAGCGCUGGAACCAGCUCAUCGCUUUGAAGUGAAUUUCGAAGCAGACUCCGUCUCUCAAGCCAAAUUCAAUCUAUUCGUCAAAUACCAGACAAAGGUUCACAAGGAAGAUGUAUCCAAAUGGAAGACCAAAGACUUUGAGCGUUUCCUCUGUUCGGGUAUCAAACGAUCUCCAGCCAAUGCAAACUCGGCAGAACGCAAGCUAGGAUCCUGGCACCAGUGCUACCGGUUGGAUGGGAAGCUCAUCGCUGUCGCUGUUCUGGACCUUAUGCCCAACGGAGUCAGCUCCGUGUAUAUCUUCUACGAUCCCGAUUACGAAGCAUGGGAGUUUGGAAAGAUCAGUGCGUUGCGGGAAAUCGCGCUCACGAUCGAAGGAGCCUAUAAGUAUUACUACAUGGGUUACUACAUCCACACGUGCCAGAAGAUGCGGUACAAGGGAACAUUCCGACCCCAAUACGUCCUGGACCCAGAAACCUACGCCUGGGAUCCCCUCGACGGUGAACUGUCCGACAAACUAGACAAACGGUCUUACGUGUCCCUCUCCCACGACAGACGACAAGCAGCAAACCCCACAGAAAAAGACAACACAGAAGCCGCCGACUCGGAAAUUAACGACGAAGAGGUAUCGCUAUUUGCCCUCAACAUGCCCGGUACAAUGACACUCGAAGAAACCAAAGCAGCAGACCUAGACCAUUGGCCUCUCCUCGUUCAUGGAUCUUUCUUCAGCAUGGCUGAUCUAAGAGGCUGGGAACAAAUGGCCCUUGAUAACCCACAAUCAGUCAAGGGGAUCGUGGCCGAGUUGGCUGCGGUUCUGGGGGCUCGAAUGGUGCGUGAGAGUGCUGUGGUUUUGUUUGAUUAGAUUUGUAUCUAGAUCGAUUUACCGUACAUAGAUGACGAUAUCAGCAUAAAUCCCACAAUCUAUCUGGUCC